AUGACAUCUUUCCUAGAAGCUUGUGGGUGCGAAAUGUCCGAGGACUCUAGCGGCCAUGAAGAGUUACCUCCAGGCUGCGAGGAUGUACCGGGCUAUGCCCCGCUCCCAAAGAUGAGUCCUUUUUUGUCUUGCGGAAACCAGUACAGUGCCGCUCAUGGCAAUUUUGCACAGGUUAUCUCGACCGUGACUCCCAGAAAUGUGGAUGGCAAGCCCAAUCCGCAGCUGUCGACACAUAAGGUGUUUUUCGAUGACCAGCACGGUCACGAGUCAGAGUCCGCUUUGGCCCAUGCCAAGAAGCUGAUUCUAGAGGGCGCGGCGUUGGUUCGACAGGCUGUUGCUGCUCAGCAGCGAACCCUGGUUCAUUGCGAGUGGGGCCAGAAUCGAUCCGGUUCUAUUUGCUGUGCUUUUGCUGUCCUGUAUUUGGGGUGGUCUGCGGAAGAUGCCGUCCGAUAUUUUCGCGACCAGAACCUCGUGGAACGUCACUAUCAGGGACAACAUCCCAUGAGCAAUUCUGGUUUCAACAACUUGUUGAAGGAAAUAGAAUCCCAGAGAUCGCAGCUGCUGGGCCACGUAGCCCCGUUGGCGCCUCCACCGAAGAUCAUUGUGUCUGGCGGCCCCAGAAUGGGCGGAGGAAUCGAGCGCUUCACAAAUGCUUCGGAAAUACGUCCACACCAAUUCCAGCUCAGUCCGGGCCCGCGGGUGUCCGUCCCUGCACCGCCUUGGCAGGGCAUCCGCCAAAGUUGA